AUGUCUACCCAUAAUAGCCCAGCUGCUGAAAAAGUGAAAAUGGAGGAUAAUGGACUUGGCACUUUGUCAAAAUCAGUGAUAAUCCAAGAUGCUGGAAAUGGGUUCGCGGUGGUGGGUGGAGUGUCGCCUGUGGUUCAGAUAGUGCAGAUGGUGAGGCGUAAGAAAGUUACAGGUAGCUUGAACAGUCUGCUCAGGAAUACGUGGAUGAGUGCAGCGUUGAUUGGAGUGCCUGUCGGGGGAGCUGUAGGAUAUUUGAGGGGGGAGAUGGAUGCUGGGAGAAACACGCAUACAACAAGACAGAAAACACUGAAUAAGGCUACAGACUAUGGAAUAAUCGGAGGAGUACUGGGAUCACUCACGCUGCCCACGCUCGUCUUGCGGCGUGCGAGAAUGGUGAAUGGAGUGCUGGGUGGAGCAGCGAUUGGGGCAGCUGCGGGUGGACUGAGUGGGCUAAUCAUGGCCUCAAACUUCAUCGGCUCGAGGAUAUCACUCGUGUCUAAAUCCGAGAUACGCUACAAAGGCACGCUGGUGGCUAUUGACCACACCGCAGCGACCAUCUCUCUCCAGAAGGUACAGUCGAUGGGAACUGAAGGCAGACGCAAUAAGAACGAUGUCACCGAUAUGUCUGAUAUUCCUCUCUCUGAAUCCAUCUACGACUUUAUUGUCUUCAAAGCGGCUGAUGUCAAGAAUCUCCAAGUCGAGCAACCUCCACCGGUGACCAGCGGUAAUAGCAGCAUUCCAGAUGAUCCUGCUAUUGUUGGUACCGCUCGCCCUUCUCCGAAAGUAGCCGCUCAACCACAGGCACAAACACCCUCACAGCAAACACCUCACCCAACUAAUCCUCCCCACCCAGGCACCCCUCAGCGCCCUUUCAUCGGCUUCCCCCCAAUGCCGGGCAUGCCAGGCUACUACCCGCCUCCACCUCACAUGUUCCCACCUUACAUGCCUUACCCUAAUGGUCCUAAUGGUCCUCCAAAUGCUCCUCCUAAUGGCCCUCCUAAUGGUCCUCCUAAUGGUCCUCCUUCGCAGCAGCCUCCGCCAGCUCAACCGCACCCUCCAGUGCAGGUGCAGGUCGCACAACCAGCACAGCCACCUCACCCAGUCCCGGCCACUUCCCAAACAUCCACACACACUCCUCAGCCACCCACUGCUCAACCAGUACAACCCACAGUUCACUCCCCAUCUAAUCAACCCAUCCAACCUAUCCGUGCAGAAAAAAUAGAAGACGCUAUGUCGCGCAUUAAGCUCAAGGAUGACGCUAACGCUAGAGCAGAGGUGGCCCAGGAGGCUGGUGUCAUGAAUGCAGCGAGCAGGAAAGAGAAGCAGGCGUCCUUGUACGACAGACCUAGUGAACCAACACAUGCACAAUCACGCCCCAAAAGACACACGCAACCGCACUCUAAAUCAUCGCACACGUCUCACUCCUCGCACAUUGUUCCACCCUCCGAUUUCGAUUUCGAGCGCUCGAAUGCUGUGUUUAGGAAAAUACACCGCAAGAUGGACACGGGGCAGCACGAAGGAGUUGAAGGCGACGUGAAUGUGGAGUUGGAGUUGGAGCUCGAUGCAGCGGAUCUCCUCUCUGGUGAACCUGUCAGUAGUGCAGGUGGUGUCCCGGCAGAGGAGGAGCACGUCCAAGUCGAUCAAGAAACUGCCGCCGCUCCCGCUUAUAACAAAUCGUCGUCUUUCUUCGACUCACUCUCGUCGAACACCACUAGCUUUGGGCAACAAAAACAGCACCAGAUGCAGAAGCAGUUGCCUCCUCAUCAGCAAACGCAGAUGCAGCACGAAUACACCCACCUCAACUCCAACUCUAACAGCGGCAGACUCCUCGCUAGGGCGGCGCGUGAAGAGGAGAGAUGUAGGAACCUUGACACGUUCGGCGAAUCCCUCGAUAAUCCUUUCUACUCUAGAGCUAGAGGCGGAAGAGGUAGAGGUAGUGGCGGCGGAAGAGGUAGAGGUGGUGGCAGUGGUUAUCGCGGUGGUUAUCGUGGUAGAGGUGGCUUCGACGGCGCUCAUAAAUCUUUUCCCUCGCAUCGCUCCCCCUCCAGCCCUGCUUUCCGUAAUGGCUAUUAUGAGAGUCAGUGA